ACCCUCCACGAACGCCUUACACCCAACACAAACUCCAGGAACACUCCGAGUAGAUCAGCCAAAACUUCACACCCAUUGCUGGCCGUCGUCAUGUCCGGCCAAGAGGAGCAGCAAGUGGCCGACGCCGCUCCCCAGGCACAUGGCUCGCCAGCCCCUUCGGACAAGGACACCGACACCUUUGAAGAUGCCAUUGACACAGGAUCUAUAAGAUCCCUGACGAAUCGCAAGCUUUCUCCUCGACCAAGUAGCAUUGCCGUUAGCGAGACUCCCGAAAUUCCAGAGGAACCGCAAGCUAAAAAAGAAGAGACAAAUGAGGACAUAGUUCAUGAAAAUGAGAAAGAGGAUGAGAAAGAGAAAGAAACGGAUGCCGACGACGAUAAGAAGAGUAGUAUAGAUGAAGAACCAUCACCUCCAUCUAAGCGCACUUCGAACGUGUCUUUAGACAAUGUCGAUCUUAGCGAUGGAGCUGAAGCUGAAGCUGAAGCUGCAGAGCAGCCACCACCGCCGCCGAAAGAGGAACCACCAAUAGUCGUACAGAAACAGCCAUCAAAGAAACUCUCUCUUAGCAACAUUGCCGCCUCUCUGCCAUCAAUGCCAUGGUCUCCUAAUCCCGCCAGCUCAGAAUCGCCGCCGAAGACAAGUCCGAAUACUGCUGUUCCGCCUUCAGGGGUAGCCCCCACUUCUGCGCCGACAGCUCGGAAGAUUACAGGUCCAUUCUCCUGGCUAUCCCGCAAUUCCACGCAUAAUAACAAGGAUAAGGAUAUUACAUCCCCGCCUGUUACUGCUGCUACCUCGCCGCGAAGAAAUACUGCAAGCUCAAUAGCCACAUUAACCAGCAAUCCAGAAAUGAUGCUUAGCAAACUUGAGGAAGAGAACGAAGGCGAGAGCGGGCCUCGCCUGUCAAGAAAUAGUUUGAAGGAUAGGUUCAAGAUGGUGCGGAUGAGGGAGGAGGCAGGUAUUUCUCUCGAAGACGACAAACCUCAAGGUCUGGCGAGCCCAACGGGUGAGAGCAGUGACGGGAACGGUGCAGCGCAACCUCCUACAUCCCCUCUACCCCCGAAUGCGGACAGCAACCUGGCCCCCGGUACCGUCUCGGGCGUAUCUGCUGGCCCUUCAACUAUCGCUGAUGCUCAAGUCGACUGGGACUUGUGGCAGUCAGUCGUCUAUGAGGGCCCGGCCGCUGUCGCGAGGACCAAUUCCGAGGAGCUUAAUAGAGCGAUUGCUACGGGCAUCCCCAACGUGAUCCGCGGUGUGGUCUGGCAGGUACUUGCGCAGAGCAAGAAUGAAGAACUUGAGAGGAUGUACAAGAGUUUGGCAAUUCGAGGUUCCGAGAAGGAUAAGAACCGGGAUAGCAACAGCACGUCGAUCAGCAUUCUGAGUAACGGCAACUUGAGUUCGGAGAAAGACGCGGUGGCCUCUUCUGCCUCUUCCGUACACUCGGAAAUCUCAGGGGGUAGUGGUAAAAAGCUGCCGACACCACCUGAGCCAUCCGAAGCGGCUCUCAAGGCUCAGGCCCUAGCUAUGGCAGAAAGAAAGAAGAAGGAAAAGGAAGACGCUGCGGCAUUAUCAAGGCUUGAGAAGACUAUCAAGAGGGACCUCGGCGCCCGAACGAGCUUCUCUAAGUAUGCGGCUGCGGCUGGCCUGCAAGAUGGCCUUUUUGGCGUCUGUAAAGCUUAUGCGCUUUACGACGAGCCAGUAGGGUACGCGCAAGGAAUGAACUUCCUCAUCAUGCCGCUCCUUUUCAAUAUGCCCGAGGAAGAGGCAUUCUGUCUACUAGUCCGAUUGAUGAACCAGUACAAGCUACGCGACCUGUUCAUUCAGGAUAUGCCAGGUUUGCACAUGCACCUGUACCAGUUCGAGCGGUUACUAGAAGACCUUGAGCCCGCCUUGUAUUGUCAUCUACACCGUCGCGGCAUUUCCCCUCACUUGUAUGCCACACAGUGGUUCCUCACUCUUUUUGCAUACCGAUUCCCUCUACAACUUGUAUUGAGGAUCUACGAUCUCAUCUUCUCGGAAGGCCUGUCUGCUAUCCUGAAAUUUGGCAUUGUCUUAAUGCAGAAGAAUGCAACGGCACUGCUUGGUAUGUCGGAUAUGGGCCAAUUGACAAGUUUCCUCAGAGACAAGCUGUUUGAUGCGUACAUUGACCAGUCCCCGAGUGCCGGCAGCAUCCUCGAGAACGGCUUCUUCGGUAGCAGUUCUUCCAGCAUCGAUAAGGAAGUUUACCGAGCGGAUCAAUUAAUUCGGGACGCAUGCGAAGUGAAGAUCACACCUGAGCUUCUUAAAUCAUAUACCGUAGAAUGGGAAGAAAAGACCCGUGCGGAAAAAGAGCGUGAGAAGGAGUUGGAGCAGCUAAAGUCUUCGAAUAUGAGCUACGUUAUCAAGCUCCGAAAACUUGAGGAGCGUCUCGAGGCCAGCGAUCGCGAACAAGCCACCAUGACGACAGAUCUUGUUCACACCAAGAUCGAGAAUGAGGAACUCAAAGACAAGAACGAAAGCUUAACUGGUCAGGUCAAGGAGCUCCACAACAUCAUCGAGAAACAGCCUGAAGAGAUAGAGCAGACCUGGAAACUUGAGCGUGACGACCUGAUGAAACGAAACGAGAAGGUUCAUGAGGAGAACACCAGACUUGAAAAGGAGAUGCAGGAACUCGAAGAGGAACUCGUCCAGACGAAGAUGCGGUAUGCUGAGAUCAACUCCCAGCACGAAACUCUUCAAAGGAAAUGGGCUGAGCUCAAACGCCAGUUCAACUAAUCGAGACUUCUCUUCCCCUGAUCCCGCCCUCACUAAGACCUUUAGGUUCCGCCACAUUCUUAUUCUUGUACAAAAUUCUCCUACACCCAUUUAGUCAACCAUCCACCCAAGGGACCCGAGAGAGAGUAGGAACAAGCAAGUAGUUGGGAGUUAUAUCCUUAAUUGCGCCAUGUUAGGGUAUAUACGGUCAGGUUCUACGUCUUGGUCCAUCCCCUUCCCCCUCAUCAAAUCGAACGAGAAGAUGUCGUGUUGCUUGUCGAGGUGUCAUGUCUAGAUCCCACGCUUUUGGUUGACCACAGCUGAACUCAGACCAGCUCAGCU